AUGGACAAUCUCUAUUUACCGAUGGUGAGUUGGCUUACCAUCGGUACCGACGGUACCGACGGACAGUGUUUUGGAGGGCUACCUUAUGCCAUAGCAAUAAUGCUAACUACCUCAUUCACCAACGGACUUUUCAAAUUUACCGAUGGGAAAUUCAUUUCUCCAUCGGUACCGAUGGAGAAUCUCUAUUUACCGAUGGUGAAUUGGCUUACCAUCCGUACCGACGGUACCGACGGACAGCGUUUUGGAGGGCUACCUUAUGCCAUAGCAAUAUUGCUAACUACCUCAUUCACCAACGGACUUUUCAAAUUUACCGAUGGUGAAUUCAUUUCUCCGUCGGUACCGAUGGAGAAUCUCUAA